AUGUCGCAUAGACACGGGGAUGGUCAAGGUUGUUCAGCCGAACAGUCUGAUAUAGUUACUUUCAAAGAUGGGAUCCGCUACACCAUGAACUCUCAUAUAGAUCUUCCCAAAGUCACCGUCCUAAAUGAGGCUAUUGAUGGUUCUGGUGUGAAAGUUUUUAAAGAAUGGGAGAAGAGAAUAGACAGAACAGAUUUCGUUGAAAGUGAUGUUGACGAAGAACUGUUGUUUAAUAUACCAUUUACUGGUCGAGUAAAAAUUACUGGUAUAGUAGUGGUUGGUGGUCUUGACGACUCUCACCCGUCCUGUAUGAAGCUUUUUAAAGACCGACCUUCGAUGUCGUUCGACGAUGUUAAAAUGAAAGCAGAUCAAGAAUUUUCUUUGAAACAAGAUCCUGAUGGACGAGUAGAUUAUGCUUUGAAGGCAGCUGUAUUCCCUAGUCUCACUCAUUUGACCAUUUUCUUUCCGGCAAACUUUGGAAGCGACCACACUCGGAUAUAUUACAUUGGUUUACGGGGAGAGUACUUGUCAGAUGCACGUCAGAAGGUUGCUAUUACGGCUUACGAGGCUCGGCCACAGCUCAAGGACCACAAAGGAGAAAUCCCAGAUUCUGUACAGAAACAUGUGUUUUGA